AUGGAUGAGUCAGACGAGGAAUAUAUCGCUCCUCAACAUACAGCUGCUGAUACACCGAGUGGAGUCCCAUCAAAUGAAGCUAGCCAAAAAGAAUCGCUGGUACCGGCAGAUGGUGUUUCAAAGCGGACCAGAUCGAGUGGCAUGACCCACCAACCUCGAAGUGGUGCAGUAGGUGACUUGAAAAGUUCAAACGGUGGAUAUGCAUGGGAAGAUGAAUACCAAAGACCGUGGGAUAUUGUGAAGGAUGAUGAGGAUGGCCGUUCGCUUGAGACCAUUAUUCAAACUAUGAUUGAAAAUAGGAAGAAAAAAAUCAUGAGAAACCCAACUACUCCAUUUCAAAGAGGUAUCAUCAGGACAUUAGUUGUGAUAAUUGAUGGUUCACUGGUUAUGCUGGAGAAAGAUUUAAGGCCUACGAGGUUUUCGAUGAUGUUAUCGUUAUUACAGGAAUUUGUCGUAGAAUAUUUUGAUCAGAAUCCUAUAUCUCAAUUAGGUAUAAUCAUGAUGCGUAAUGGGGUAUCAAACCUCAUUAGUGAGGUGAAUGGUCUGCCACAAUACCAUUUGGAUAAGAUAAGACAAUUGAAAAGUCGACAGCAUAAUAAAUAUGAGCCAAAGGGUGAUCCUUCUUUACAAAAUGCAUUGGAGAUGGCAAGGUCUUUAUUGAUGUACAAUUUUGGUACGAAUUUAAACGACACUAAAAAUUCUAAGGAAAUCUUAAUAAUAUUUGGAGCAUUAUUUACAAGUGACCCUGGUGAUAUUCAUAAAACAAUUAAUAGCUUAGUAAAAGAUGAAAUCAAAGUCAAAGUCAUUGGGCUAUCGGCUCAGGUAGCUAUCUGCCAAGAAUUGGUUAAUAAAACAAAUAACCCAGGUAAAUCGAAUACUUUUUGGUCUGCGGGCGGUAAUAAUUAUGGUGUGAUUAUGAAUGAAAUUCACUUCAGAGAGCUAUUAAUGGAUUGUGUGAUUCCUCUUCCUGUCACUACGAAUGCCGUGAUAGACGAAAACAAUUCAAAAGAAGUACCGAUAAUUAAAAUGGGAUUUCCGCUGAAAAUUCAGCCUGUUAUCACAUCUUCUACGUCAAACUUAUCUGUCGAUUUUCCGCAAUUAUGUGCAUGCCAUCCAACUCAAGAUUCUCUUGAAUCAAAAAAUAACGAUCCAACAGCAACACUUGGAACAAGAAGUGUAAUUGGUUAUGAAUGUCCUCAAUGUAAUAAUAAGGUUUGCCAUUUGCCUACAAUUUGUCCAAUAUGUGGGCUUAUGCUAAUUCUCUCUACACAUUUGGCAAGAUCAUAUCAUCAUUUGGUACCAUUAGGAGAUUACAAAGAAGUUCCAGUCAGUGAAUCAUACAGUAGUACAUAUUGUUAUGGAUGUUUACUUAAAUUCCCUAGUGGAAUUAAAAACACAGAUGUGAAUGAAGACGGUAAAACUAAAAUGGAUUCCCUUACAAGUUCUAGAUACCGUUGUGGAAAAUGUCAAAAUGAUUUCUGCAUCGAUUGUGAUGUUUUUGUUCAUGAGAGUUUACAUAACUGCCCUGGUUGCGAGAAUAAAUAG